CCAAUGUAAAGCUGCAGUGAGGCACAUCAUCACCUGCUGUAACACUACCAGCUGACAUUUGCCUCCUACCUGGCCAUUCUCCUGUGCAGCUGUACCUACCUGCCCUGAGCACUGGUUCCCAAGCAUCCCAUGUGUUAUCAGGACUGACGGCUGGAUACUGUACCUGUUACUAGUGCUGCAUCCUGCACUGUGUCACUGCAUCGAACCUACUGUAUCCUGAAUUCCACUUCACUGGCUCCUUGUCACUGCAUCUUGGUCACUGGACCUGCUCCCAGCACUGCACACAGAGCACAGUGCCCUCUUUCAGAUUUUUUUUUUUUUUUUACAUUUAUUUGUAUUUUAUUGAACUUGCUGCCUUACAUCCUGGCUCUCCACUGUCAGCUUUGCAUCCCAAGCCUGACUCAAGAUUUACACAUCAUUCUGCUUGCUGACUGUACACUGGGGUAAAGUCACUAAACAUUCAAUGUCAUGUCCUAGACACCCAGCUGUUGAUCUGUUCCUUUAAGAAAUCAGAACAUACUCUGCGGACCCUGAAUUAGUCUCUCUCUUUGUUGCUUGAACAGAGACCACUGACCUCCAUCUUCUAGCAGAGGUGCUGCUGUGCCCUAUUCUCCUGGUCUGCAAUAUGAUGUCUUGUGCUGAGCUGAUCAAUAUGUGUCUCUUGUCUGCCAAGCACUCACAGGAGAUGAAAAAGCCUAUGGCUCCCCAUGAACUAUCAAAUCAAGAUCACCUGUCUAUAUUCCAAGAUAUAUUUCGAAGAGCAGACAAGAAUGAUGAUGGGAAAUUGUCAUUUGAAGAAUUUCAAAGUUAUUUCUCUGACGGAGUCCUUAAUCAGGAGGAGCUAAAAAAAAUGUUCGCUAGGAUUGACCGUCAGCAAACCAACAACAUGGACACAGAACGACUGUGUGAAUAUUUCUCAGAAUAUCUGGGUGAAUACAGGAAUGUGCUCACAGCCUUGCAGACACUCAACAUUACCAUAUUAUCAGCUAUGGACAAAACUAAGAUGGAUUAUGAACAUUCUCCACAGAUACAGCAGUUUGUUACACGGUUUCUCCUUCGGGAGACCAUCAGUCAGCUCCAUUCACUUCAGAACUCUCUGGAGUCUGCUUUGGAAACAAUUGAAGGCCAGGCUGUUUCGGAGAGACAGGAUUUCAAUAAGGCAGAACCUCAGCGUGCUGGUCAUAGGUGCAACCGCCGAACUCAGAAGUCUGUCUGCCUCUCCCCAACGGACCCAUAUUCUGGGAUUCUGACCACAGGUCUGGUAGUGGAAAGUGACAAUCAGUGGUCUGCACAGAUCAACCGCCUUGAGCAGCUCAUCGACAAAUUGGAGUACACGUGCCCUCGUUUGGAACCUUUGAAGGAAGAGAUGAAUAUUGACUACACAGAGAAGAAUAUCCUGGUUGCCCAGAAACAGCUGACAGUGAAUGAACAUCAUCUCGACACUUUCAAACAGUCUCUUAGACGCUAUACAGAAUUAACCAGCACCCAAAGCCACUGCUUACAUAUUUCCGCUCAAAGACUUCAGUCAGAGUCAGGAUAUGUCUUGUAUGAGAUUUGGGAAGAUCAAGAAUCAUGGAAUAGCCAUCUGCAAUCAAACCAGAGCAAAACCUUUCAGAGAGUGAUCAUCGAUUGUCUGGACAGUCCAGAGCAGACCAGGACAAUGCUAUUACCAGCUUCCUGGUGGAAUUUGAGCAACGAGUGAUUUCCGGUUUAAGGAAUCUGUUAUAUAACUAAAUGCACGCCUGAAACUUCUCCUAUCCUCAGUGAACUGUCCUUUUCUACCUCUUUGCCCUCCACCCCAUUUUAUCAUUUUACUUGUCCCAUAAACCCAAGAAAAUCUCAAACAAGCAGCUCUGGACCCCGGAAGCAAAACAAAAAAAAAGUGAUUUUUACAGAUGUGAUGCAAUAUGUUAGUAAUUUAAUGUGCUAUGUUUUAUGACUUUUGUGCCGACAGUAUAUAUUUAAAUAUUUACAAGCAUACUACCCGUACUACAAUUAUUUUAAAAUACAUUCUUUGGAUAAACAUUGCACCGUCUAAAAGUAUAUUGGAGGAAGUUGCUGUACUAUACAACAGGAAGUUACUGUAAAUUAC